ACGGUCUAACCAGGUCUAGUGGUAUAGAGAACGGUCUAACCAGGUCCAUCUGUGUAGAGAACGGUCUAACCAGGUCUAGUGGUGUAGAGAACGGUCUAACCAGGUCUAGUGGUAUACAGAACAGUCUAACUAGGUCUAGUGGUAUAGAGAACAGUCUAACCAGGUCUAGUGGUAUAGAGAACAGUCUAACUAGGUCUAGUGGUAUAGAGAACGGUCUAACUAGGUCUAGUGGUGUAGAGAACAGUCUAACCAGGUCUAGUGGUGUAGAGAACUGUCUAACCAGGUCUAGUGGUGUAGAGAACGGUCUAACCAGGUCUAGUGGUGUAGAGAACGGUCUAACCAGGUCUAGUGGUGUAGAGAACGGUCUAACCAGGUCUAGUGGUAUACAGAACAGUCUAACUAGGUCUAGUGGUAUAGAGAACAGUCUAACCAGGUCUAGUGGUAUAGAGAACAGUCUAACUAGGUCUAGUGGUAUAGAGAACGGUCUAACUAGGUCUAGUGGUGUAGAGAACAGUCUAACCAGGUCUAGUGGUGUAGAGAACUGUCUAACCAGGUCUAGUGGUAUAGAGAACAGUCUAACCAGGUCUAGUGGUAUAGAGAACGGUCUAACCAGGUCUAGUGGUAUAGAGAACAGUCUAUCUAAGUCUAGUGGUGUAGAGAACAGUCUAACCAGGUCUAGUGGUAUAGAGAACAGUCUAACUAGGUCUAGUGGUGUAGAGAACGGUCUAACCAGGUCUAGUGGUGUAGAGAACAGUCUAACCAGGUCUAGUGGUGUAGAGAAUGGUCUAACCAGGUCUAGUGGUAUAGAGAACGGUCUAACCAGGUCUAGUGGUAUAGAGAACGGUCUAACCAGGUCUAGUGGUGUAGAGAACGGUCUAACCAGGUCCAUCUGUGUAGAGAACGGUCUAACCAGGUCUAGUGGGGUAGAGAACGGUCUAACCAGGUCUAGUGGUAUAGAGAACAGUCUAAUCAGGUCUAGUGGUAUAGAGAACAGUCUAACCAGGUCUAGUGGUGUAGAGAACAGUCUAACCAGGUCCAUCUGUGUAGAGAACGGUCUAACCAGGUCCAUCUGUGUAGAGAACGGUCUAACUAGGUCUAGUGGUGUAGAGAACGGUCUAACCAGGUCUAGUGGUGAAGAGAACGGUCUAACCAGGUCCAUCUGUGUAGAGAACGGUCUAACUAGGUCCAUCUGUGUAGAGAACGGUCUAACUAGGUCCAUCUGUGUAGGGAACGGUCUAACCAGGUCUAGUGGUGUAGAGAACAGUCCUAGUCAAUACAACCAUAGCGUUCACAGCCACUCCUCAACCACAACCACAAACGGUCACAACCACCACGGUCAGUGCUGUGCGGUCACCAUGGACGGUUGCGGUCUAACCCCGGUCUUGGACUAUACGGCUGAGAUGGAGCGAUACCGAUCUUUCGCUAACUUCUAUGCUAAAACUAACGUGAACAUGAACGCUGUUAACAGCAUGAAUUUCCCUCAGUCGGCCAAGCUCGCCCGAAUCACUCCUCCCAUGUUCCCCGGCGGCAGGCUUGGCGUAGCGGGAGUGACGCCUUGGGGCUGCCAUGACAACGUCAACAUGAACAUCAAUGCAGCGGCGAUGCUGUGGGGGCGGAAACCUCCCGUACAUCAGGCCACACCCCUGGCUCCUCCCACAACGCACCCGUCGCCCUUGGCAACGCACAUGCAGCCCCACCCCCACCGGACCGGCGGUGGAGAGGGGAAGCAGCACGGAGGACACGCCUCCUCCUCACAGGGACAGGAAACACAUCAUCACCACGGGAAUAACAACUUCCUGUCGGGCUACACGACCACCGAUCACAUGACAAAACAAGGCCACACCCACCAGGACAUGCUCAGCCUAUCAGAUCGCAACAGCAGCUGCAAUGGAGGAGGAGGAGCCAACGGGGUCAACAUGCCCAACUUCCCCGCCGGAAUGUUGGGGUUACCACCCGGGGUCAUCGUCAUGGCGAUGGGGUCGCACAAUGGCGUCAACAUUCCAGACUCCUCCCACUUCCAGAUGGCGACCAACCACAACCAGAUGCUAUCGGACUGCCACCAUGCCAACCAGACUAACUCCUCCCCCUGCCCCUCGACUUCCCCGGGGAUGACCUCUGGGGGUCAGGGGUCAGGAGCCUCCAAGAGGAAGAGGAAGCGGUGUGGAGUGUGUGCCCCCUGCAGAAGACUGAUUAAUUGUGGGGUGUGUUCAGCCUGUAGAAACAGGAAGACAGGUCAUCAGAUCUGUAAGUUCAGGAAGUGUGACGAACUGAAGAAGAAGGCUGGGAGUAUACAGCUAGAGAGUCCUCCCUCGGUGCCCAGUGGAGAAGCUUUCAGAUGGUUCUUCUAGAGGUCAAACAACAACUCUUGAAAAGCUGAAGAUGUGAAAAGGGGAACUCCUGCUAGUCUAUAACUAGUCUAUAACUAGUCUAUAACUAGUCUAUAAC